AUGGCCCGCUCCAAGAAAUCUCAUACCGACAGUGAUAGGCCCCUCAAACCACGCCGAGCGCACCGCAAGUCUCGCAAUGGCUGUGGCGUCUGCAAGCAACGACAUAUGAAGUGUGACGAAUCUCGACCGAUUUGCCUCAAUUGCAAGAUUUCCAACCGUGGGUCCCAGUGCAUCUACAUCAACAUUGGCCAGCAACCAUCGCCCUCCCAAACAGCAUCAAGUGCGGAUACGCCGUCACCUUUCCAUAUUUCUUCUCAUCUUUCUCCCGCGGGCCCGACGUCAACAUCGCUUAGUCCAGGCAGCUCUGUCAGCUCGGCUUUAACUCCUUUCAGCGAUACACUGGGCAGGGGCGAUUUGUUCGAUCUCAGCCACUUCACGCUUUAUCAUCAUCUUCUGACGAAUCGUUACACCAUCACAUCAAUCGACCCCUCCGAUGAAAGCAUCAUCUCACACACAUUAGACUAUGCACUCAAAGCCCCCUACUUGAUGAAUCAGCUUCUUGCCCUCUCUGCCCUACAUUUGAGCAACCCCCCCUCGCUCCAGCAGCCAUAUUAUCAUCUCGCCACCAGUCUUCAGACAAGGGCGUUGACCUUGUUCAAUGAGGAGAGGCAGGAGGUUUCGGAAGAAUCAUGCAUGCCUAUGUUUCUCUUCUCCUCCCUUGUCGGAGUGCAUGUCCUCUGCAAUACUCUGCAAGGACCAAGAGAGAGUUUCGGCGCCGUUCUCGACCGCUUCAUCACUUAUCUGUCCAUACACCGUGGUGUUCGCGCGGUGACGAAACAGUCAUGGAAUACAAUCAAGAAAUCAGGACUCGGGCCUAUUCUCCAACAAAUUGAAGACGCAUUCCCCACAAGCGAGAACGAGGUAGAAGCGACAGCUAUCCUCACCAGAAUGAUCGAAUCAAACGCCUCCCUGUCAUCAGCUAGUAAAUAUCACAACGCCGUAUCCACGCUGCAGCGGUCGUUUUCUCUCCAUGCAGCACUAAAACAGCCAAACGGACGACGAUUCGACGCUGCGAUAGCAUUUUGUCUUGAUGUUGAUGACGAAUAUUUCCAUUCGCUAAAGAAGCGACAGCCAGAAGCGCUGGUGAUCCUUGCAUUCUUUGCAGUCUUACUGCAUUGGAAUCGAUCUACAUGGCUGAUUGGUGAUGGAGGACAGUACCUAAUACAGUCCAUUACAUCCCAUCUCGGGCUUCAUUGGGCAGAAUGGUUGCAAUGGCCCAACUCAAUGUUACAGGACACAUAUCGGGGCCCGAGCAAUUCAUAA